AUGUCGUCCGACUCCAAGACACCUUCUAGGUCGAUUUUUGCAAAGCGCCCAGUCAAAGUCGUCGUGGGCAGCGACGAACGCGUUUACUAUGUCCACCGUGGAACCCUCGAGGUCCACCCUGCAUUCGAUGCCCGACUGAAGGCAUCAACUGAUGAAUACGAGGAGGCGAUUGAUUGGAGUGGUUUUGACGAGCAAACAAUUGAUUGCGUAUUGAACUUCCUUUAUACUGCCGGUUAUGAGGCACCUCAAGCAACCUCUGUGGCAGUUGAGGGUUAUGAGGCAGAUGCGGAGGAAGAGGCCCCAGCGCAAGAUGGAGAAGGAGAGGGAGAAGAAGAGCAAGAACAAGAGGUAGUAGACGAGGCGGAGGAAGCGAACGAAGAAAACGAACCAACAUCACCACCUGACAGCCCGCAGUCAGAACCUUCAUGGCCACACUCACCAUCUCCAAUGUCUCCUGCGCGUGCAAGGUCAUUGUCCCCAAUUGCCGAGUCCUCCAUAGCCCCAGACUCGCCACCAUCCGAGGCUUUAUCAGAGCUCGACCUCAACAACCGACCCCUCACCCCGCUGGAAUAUUGCGAUGGGGUCACUCUGGCCACGGAGCAAGCCUCGACGCAGAAGGUCACUGACCAUGAAAAGAAAGACCAAGAUGAAGAAGAGCCAGGACAAGAAACCGAAGGGAACAAGCCCGCCGAGAUUUAUCUCCACGCUAAAGUAUACUCCUUUGCACGUCAACUCGAAUUUGAAAAAUUGGAGCAAUUCGCCUUAAAUCGGUUGGCUCAGGUCCUCGUUGCCCUGGAGCAAGGAAACAAAGACUUGUUCCCGUACUUGGUGGAUGCAAUCAGACUCAUAUAUAAAACGACCAGUGCGGUUGACGAUGCAAGGAACUUGUUAUCUCAGUUCGUGGCACUGCGAUACACCACGUUGGUUGGUGAAGAUCUGGACGAACUUAUUACCGAGGGAGGAGAAUUUGUGGUCGAUUUGUCGCAUAAACUUGCGAGGAAGCUGACAAGCAUUGCAGUGGCGUUUAAGAGGGUUGAGUAUGUUACUCAGAGGAAUGAGGAGUUGAAAGCUGAAAGUGCAGAGAAGGAUAAAGAGCUGAAGACUUUGAGGGAGGAGGUUAGACAUGCACCGGCACAGGGGUUCCCGGCUUUCACCUAUCAGAUCUGA